AUGCAGUCACCCAUAUCAACCCGAAAGGAACGGAUGUCCAGCAUCACAUCCAAAAAUGGCUAUCGAUCCUCCCCUAAUUUAUCGAAUGUAGUUCGCAAAUUAUCAGCACUAUGCCUGCUGCCUUCAGAUGUUCAGUCUAUGGCGGAUUUACACUCUCAUUUGCGAUCGGGUGAGACCAUUCGUGUGGUACUAAACUCAGUGUUCAGCGGCGCUAUUCCAAGAAAGAUCCCAAGAAGAGCUGCCUCAAUAAUUGCUGAUGAAUUUUAUGUACCCCUUGUCCUUAAAUGA